AUGUCAGUUGACACAUGCUCGAAGCUGAACUUCCUUCCCUCAGUGGCCCAGCUGCAGGUCUGGGCACAGACGCUCCAGGCAACUUUUGCUCCGAGCAUGCUACCCUUGUUCUAUCCGCUAGCAGCUCAUAGCUGGCCAAGCUUCCUGUUGCUGCCAGGUGAUGGCAAUGAAAGCGAGGUGAACAUACCCUACCAGGUAGCUGGAGUGAUGGAGCACUCCCAGGCAGUGCAGAACUCUGUCUCCACAGGCAUGAGCGCAGCCUCGGUGACACUUGCCAGCGCCCUGCAGGUCAGGGGUGAAGCCCUGUCUGAGGAGGAAAUCUGGUCCCUCUUGUCGACGGCUGCUGAGCAGCUCCUGGAAGACCUCCGAAAUGAUUCCUCAGACUAUGUGAUCUGCCCCUGGUCACUCCUGCUUUCUGCAGCUGGAAGUCUUUCUUUCCAAGACCAUGUUUCUCACAUCGAGGCUGCACCAUUCAAGGCUCCGGAACUGCUCCAGGGACCAAAUGAGGAUGAGCAGCCGGAAGCAUCACAGAUGCAUGUCUACUCCUUAGGGAUGACGCUCUACUGGUCAGCUGGGUAUCGUGUUCCGCCAAACCAGCCCCUGCAGCUUCAAGAGCCUGUGCACUCCCUCCUGCUGGCCAUGUGCGAAGACCAGCCUCAAAGACGGCGGCCGCUGCAGGCAGUUCUGGAAGCCUGCCGGGUUCAUCAGGAAGGAGUGGCUGUAUACCCAGCCCCUGCCAGUCUCCACGUCAGUCGGCUGGUGGGCUUGGUGCUGGGCACAAUCUCUGAGGUGGAGAGACGAGUUGUGGAGGAAGGUACCUGUGAGCGGCAGAGCAGAAGCUUCUUUCUCAGGAGUAAGCUGCACCGGGCUGCCAGUGAGAGUCCUGGAGCUCGGGCCUCUGAUGGUCUGCAGCCGCGAAGAGUUUCAGAGAGAAGUACAGAGACACAGAGCUCCUCAGAGCGACAUUGGAGCACCGCGGCUCACAGUUCUUGUGGCUUCGUUCAUGGUGCUUUGGCAGGUGUGGAUCCCUGUGGCUGUGAGGAGGGCCUGCGGUGUGGCUCUGGGCCUAUGCUCUUGGCAGAAGCAGAAAGCUCACAGCUAGCGACAUCUUCUCCAAGGAAUUUCCUACAAGGAAAUGGAAAGACCAAAAAAGGGAAAUCCUACUUGGCUCUCAGAGACCUCUGUGUGGUCUUGCUGAAUGGACAGUGUCUGGAGGUGAAGUGUGACAUGGAGUCCACAGUAGGAGCUGUCUUCAAUGCUGUCAUGUCCUUCACCAACCUCGGGGAGAUCACCUACUUUGGUUUGGCUUAUGUGAAAGGUGAAGAGUUCUUUUUCCUGGACAAGGACACCAGAUUGUGCAAAGUUGCCCCAGAAGGCUGGAGAGAACAGUACCCAAAAGGUUCCAUGGACACUUUAAUGCUCUUCCUUCGGAUAAAGUUCUUUGUCAGUCACUAUGGGCUGCUCCAGCACAGCCGGACAAGGCAUCAGUUUUACUUGCAGCUUCGGAAAGAUGUUUUAGAAGAGAGGCUGUAUUGCAAUGACGAGACACUCCUGCAACUGGGGGUCCUUGCCCUGCAGGCUGAGUUUGGCAGUUAUCCUAAAGAGGUAGAGAAUAAAGCAUAUUUCCGAAUUCAAGAUUACAUCCCAGCAAGGCUAAUUGAGCGGAUGACAGCAAUCCGGGCCCAAGUAGAAAUCUCUGAGAUGCACCGGCUCAGUUCUGCACCUUGGGGAGAAGAUGCUGAGCUGAAGUUCUUAGAGGGAGACCUCAUAGAUGACACAGAGAACAACUGA